AUGAGAGCCACUACAAAACCGUCCCUCUCUGCAAGAUAAGUGUGGAUGUGGGCAACGGAAAUCUGUUACUAAUUCCAUAUAACAAUGCUUUACUUCACCAAUAGAUAAGGGUUCUUGUGAAGAAGCGUGGUUUUUGAAGAUGGCUUCCACUGCGCUGAUUCUCCCCAUCCAUGGAGGAAACCUCUCUUUCCGCCAUACCCACCCUUCUGCAACAUUUUCCAGUUUCUUUUCCUUCCAGGUGGGGUUGGAAUAGGGAUCAAGACGUCGGAAAGAGUACACACAGAACGAGGGGUCAAGCAUUCCGAAUUUUGGCUAACCCUAAUGUCUCUCCCGGGAAAGAUGACUUAAUUAAGAAGGUGAUUAUGGUUGAUCCUUUGGAAGCCAAACGUUUGGCUGCAAAAGAAAUGGAAAAAAUCAAAGCAAAAGAGAAGUUCAAGAGACGACGUCAAAUAGAAGCGAUAAAUGGAGCGUGGGCAAUGAUUGGUUUGACGGCAGGGCUCAUCGUUGAAGGUCAAACUGGAAAAGGCAUUCUAGCACAGUUGGCCGGCUACUUGGCCGCGGUUGUGAACUUCUUUGUACGGUAGACAUCUUCAAGGGCAAAAGGACUUCUCCUUUGAAUGGAAGAGUUAUUCUCGUCUCGACCAUCGAAAGUUCGGUAUGUUAAAUAUUUUCGAGCUAAGUCCUAUUGUUUGUUUAUCGUUUUAUACCUAAAGAAAAGGAUGUUUCCAUCCUAAGAAACAGAAGUCUGAUUCUUCCUUCUUUUCAAGACUGAUUUCUUCACAUUUCAUGUACAAAUUUGACAUUUAAUUGUGAAAGUGUAUUGAGAUGGUUUGUUGCAAUCGAUAUCUUACCAUAACUCUCCUAA